GCGGGCGGAGGUGACGCCAAGCUGGGGCGACGCCUGUCAGUCAGGUCUGCUGGUUCCUGCUCAGAAGCCGCUAGCGGACCCGGAGCGGCGGUCGCUGGGCAAGACUUCGGUGGAGUCCCGCCCGUUCCCUAGCCCGACGGGUGGACACGAUGCGGUUGGGCUCCGGGGCCUUCGCUGCCAGCUGCGUAGCCAUUGAAGUGCUUGGGGUCGCGAUCUUCCUGCGGGGAUUCUUCCCGGCUCCCGUUCGUUCCUCUUCCAGGACCGAGCACCGAGCAGAGCCCCCGGCGCCCGAGCCUGCUGCUGGAGCCCGUUCCAACUGGACCAAGCUACCACCUCCUCUCUUCAAUAAAGUUGUCAUUGUGCUGAUAGAUGCCUUGAGAGAUGAUUUUGUGUUUGGGUCAAAGGGUGUGAAGUAUAUGCCCUACACAAGUUAUCUUGUGGAAAAAGGAGCAUCUCACAGUUUUGUGGCUGAAGCAAAGCCACCCACAGUGACUAUGCCUCGAAUCAAGGCAUUGAUGACAGGGAGCCUCCCUGGCUUUGUAGAUGUCAUCAGGAACCUCAAUUCUCCUGCACUACUGGAAGACAGUGUGAUCAGACAAGCAAAAGCAGCUGGGAAGAGAGUGAUCUUUUAUGGAGAUGAAACAUGGGUUAAGUUAUUUCCAAAGCAUUUUGUGGAAUAUGAUGGAACAACCUCAUUUUUUGUGUCAGAUUAUACAGAGGUAGAUGAUAACGUCACAAGGCAUUUGGAUACAGUAUUAAAAAGAGGAGAUUGGGACAUGCUAAUCCUCCACUACCUGGGCCUGGACCACAUUGGCCACAUUUCUGGGCCCAACAGCCCCCUGAUUGGGCGCAAGCUUAGUGAAAUGGACAGCAUCCUGAUGAAGAUUCACACCUCACUGCUGUCCAAGGAGAGAGAGACUCUCUCACCCAGUUUGCUGGUUCUUUGUGGGGACCACGGCAUGUCGGAGACGGGGAGUCAUGGGGCCUCUUCCACAGAGGAAGUAAGCACACCUCUGAUCCUAAUCAGCUCUUCAUUUGAAAGGAGACCCGGGGACAUCCGACACCCAAAGCGUGUCCAGCAGACUGAUUUGGCUGCAACACUGGCAAUUGGACUUGGUUUGCCAAUUCCUAAAGACAGUGUGGGGAGUCUCUUAUUCCCAGUUGUAGAAGGGAAACCAGUGAGGGAACAACUGAGAUUCUUACACCUGAACACAGUGCAGCUCAGCAAGUUGCUGCAGGAGAACAUGCCAUCUUAUGAGAAAGAUCCCGGAUUUGAGCAGUUUAAAAUGGCAGAAAAGUUGCAUGGGAACUGGGUCAAACUACACUUGGAGGAAAACCGUUCAGACAUCCUGCUCAGCCUUGGAACCAAGGUGCUCAGGCAGUACCUGGGUGCACUGAAGACCUUGAGUCUGUCUCUGAGCACACAAGUGGCCCAGUACGAUAUCUACUCGAUGGCAGUGGGGACUGUCGUGGUUUUGGAGGUUCUCACCCUGCUCCUCCUCAGCACCCCACAGGCGCUGCGCAGAGGGGCUGACCUGGAAGUUCCUCUGCGGUCUCCUGUGUUUUCUCUGCUCUUUUAUUUGGUAUUCCUAGUUCUUUCUGCCAUUCAUGUCAUAGUAUGCACCUCAGCCACAAAUUCCUGCUACCUCUGUAGCCUCCCGUGGCUGGUGGCAGGAGGGCUGAUGGUUCUGGUUUCCGCACUGCUCUGUGCAAUUGUCUCCACUCUCACCAGGACUGUCAUCGAGAGCACUCUCCUGAGGAAGAAUGCAGCUCUCCCCAGCUCCAGGUGGUCAGAGAUGGACCUUCUCCUGAUGCUGGGCACAGCAGGCCAUGUCCUGAGCCUGGGUGCCAGCAGCUUUGUGGAAGAGGAACAUCAGACCUGGUACUUCCUGGUCAAUACCCUGUGUCUGGCUCUGAGCCAAGAAACCUGCCGUAGCUGCUUUCCAGGAGAUGACAGCAAGCCUCAGCACAGUGUCCACAUGCUGCAGGAUAGUGCAGUCUACAGAGCCCCCAUACUCCACAGAGCAGGCCAUGCCUCCCCCUCCUCAGAAGCACUUGGGGGCCACACACGGUGGGCUAUCCUGGCAAGCCCCUGGCUGGUGCUGGCCUGUUGCCGAUUGCUACGGUCCCUGAACCAGACGGGAGUGCAGGGAGCCCACAGGCCUGACCUCGGCCUCUGGCUCACCAGCUCUGACCAUAAGGUGGAGCUCUCUGGUCUGGCCGCUCUCUCCCUGCUGGUGAUCUUCUUGUUGGUUCAGAGAGGGUGCUCCCUGGUGUCCAGAGCAGCUUUGGCACUGGGGCUGCUGGGUGUUUUCUGCUACAGGGCAGCCAUUGGGAAUGUGCUGUUUCCAUGGCAACCAGGCAACAAAGGCUUUUCAAAGGGUAUUAUUGAAGCUCGUUUUGUUUAUGUCUUUGUCCUUGGCAUUCUGUUCACGGGCACCAAAGACUUGCUUAAAUCCCAAGUCAUUGCUGCAGACUUCAAAAUCAAGACUGUAGGUUUGUGGGAGAUAUAUAGUGGAUUAGUUCUUCUGGCAGCAUUGCUCUUGAGACCACAUAAUCUUCCGGUAUUAGCCUUUAGUCUCUUGAUUCAGACUGUAAUGACUAAAUUCAUCUGGAAGCCUCUGAGACAUGAUGCAGCUGAGAUUACUGUAAUGCAUUAUUGGUUCGGUCAAGCAUUCUUCUAUUUUCAGGGAAACUCCAACAACAUUGCCACCAUUGACAUCUCAGCAGGCUUCGUGGGCUUAGAUACCUAUAUGGAAAUUCCAGCCACAUUCCUGACAGUGUUUGGAACAUAUGUGGGGCCUGUGCUGUGGGCCAGCCACUUGGCACACUUCCUGAGCUCAGAAGCAAGCAGUGGUCCUGCACUGAGCCGUGCUUGCUUUUGCUACGCGCUAAUCUGUUCCGUGCCAGUUGCCACGUAUCUCAUCCUGGUGACGUCCCUGCGCUACCACUUAUUCAUAUGGAGUGUGUUUUCUCCAAAGCUCCUCUAUGAGGGUAUGCAUCUGCUCAUCACAGCGGCCCUCUGUGCGCUCUUCACAGCUGCAGAUCAGAACAACCGUGCAGGGCCAAUACAGAGGUGGACACUGGAAAUGGGCGGCUCUUAAAGUCUGCUGUCUGCCUUGUGGGUUUGAGUACUGAAGAAUCUAUUAGAUGCAAGUUCCAUCUAAAAAAAAGAUGUGAACUUAUGAAGUUGGUAAACCAGCUUCAGCUGUACUUGAAUUUAGAUUAAGGAGUAAGUACUUUAA